AUGCUCCCAGACCACAUGCUGCAGGGGCUCAGCACACCAGCUAUUUCUCUCUCGUUGUCUCUCUAUCUGUCCUUCUUUCUAUCUAUCACACAGGAGCAGCUGAAGAGCCUCCAGAGUGGCUUCAAGCAUGUUAAUGAUGGAGAUUUCCAUCUUCAGAGUAAUCAUCUGACCAUGGACCUAGACAACAACAUCAAUAUCAACAUGCCGCCCUGUGAGACCAAGGUGUUGAUUAUCCAGCGCGCCUGGCGUGACUUCCUCCAGAGACAGGAAGUAGAGAAGAGGAGCCCCUCCCCGCCCUCCCUCUCUUCCUCUGACAAGAUGAGCAUGUCAAUCAGCAUGAUGACCCUAUCAGAUGGCAGCACUCCUGUAAGUAUGGAGACAUACUCCUUCUCCUCUCAAGGAGCAGAGCGUAAAUGUAAGGAUUUGGCCUGA